GCGAGUUCAUUUCGCAUUUCGAAUUUCGUUCGGUUCUUUAGUUUGUAAAAGACGCGCGAACGGCGUGGACGCUACACGCGGCCAUUUUAAAAUUUCGAAAUAAAAAUAAGAGCAUACUCUUUUGAGUAAAAAGUGACUUAGUUCUACUUUUCAUUCACGAUUUUCAACUCGUCGGAAUAAACCCUUCGAAUUAUUAUUUCAUAACACUGAAUUAUUUUGAGUUCUUUUCUAAAUUAAAUAAUUUUUGUUGACAUUUUUGGGGUACCAAAAUUUUUCGGUUGUUUCCUAAAAUAUUAAUGUAAAACUGCUAUGGCGAACAUGUUACUAGUCGUCUUAGUUCUGCCAUUGCUGUCAUCUUGCUUGGCGUACUCCGGUCCAGAAUUGCUCAACGGCCGGUACUGCGCCGCGCGUCCAGACGAUAAUAAAUGCUGCUACAAUCGAAAAGACGAUUGCUCAGUGCCGAUAUUGGGUACUCUCUGCUAUUGCGACGAGUUCUGUGAUCACACAAGGCACCACGACGACUGCUGUCCCGAUUACAAGAAAGUAUGCAGCCCACCUCAGAUAACCUCAGUAUCGUGCGAAUACGAGCAACAGACUUAUGCACCGGACGAUCAAGUUAACAAAGGCUGCAAUCUGUGUACAUGUAAAGUCGAUAAUGACAACAACGCGUAUUGGUCGUGCACUCAAGACACGUGCAUGAUGAGCGAGGACCUGGUGAACGACGUUAACCAACAAGGGACCACUUGGAGAGCUACAACCUACCCCGAGUUCAACGAGAAGAAACUCAAAGACGGACUAAUAUAUAAACUUGGAACAUUCCCGUUGAACGUGACCGUUAUCAGCUACAGCAAGGACGGCCAGUAUCCAGAUGAGUUUGACGCCAGACGAGAAUGGUACGGAUACAUCAGUCCCAUCGCCGACCAGGGCUGGUGCGGGUCUGAUUGGGCCGUGUCCAUUGCCAGCAUUGUCGGCGAUAGAUUUUCGAUUCAAUCUUUUGGAACUGAAAACGUAAGGAUGAGCUCUCAGACACUCCUCUCUUGUCAUUUGAAAGGCCAGCGUGGUUGCAACGGCGGUAACCUGGACAUCGCUUUUGACUUUGUCAAGACACACGGCUUGGUCAGCGAGCAGUGUUUCCCUUACGAAGGCGCUGUCACUCAAUGUAGAAUAGGCAAUGACUGCCGGCGCUACAGAGUCGGAGUUCCCUUCAGCAUCAGCAAAGAAGAAGACAUCAUGUACGACAUCAUGACUUCGGGACCUGCGCUGGGUAUAAUGACGGUGUACCAAGAUUUCUUCCACUACCGAGAAGGUAUAUAUCGUCACACCAGGCACGGGGAUCAGCAGAUGCGCGGCCUCCACAGCGUGAGGAUCGUGGGUUGGGGAGAGGACGCCGAAGAUAAAUAUUGGAUCGUGGCCAACAGCUGGGGAACGUCGUGGGGCGAGAAGGGCUAUUUCCGCAUCGCCCGCGGCCACAGCGGCACCGGCAUUGAGUCCUCUGUACUCACCGUCCUCCCUUACGUGAGCUAACCUGAUGAAACACCCAAUCACAUGAUAACACUAUUGUGUUAUCACUAAAAAUCCACAUUCGUUUCGUCUUGAAUUCUACCAAGGGUUUGACUGGCAACACUAGUUGUCAAAAACUUAGGUUAUGAUAAAAAAUAAUAAUUGUGAAAUGAAAAAAACUUUUGAAUCUCUGCAAAGUUUUGAUUACUUUUAUUCUAAUACAAAACAAUUUUUUUUACCUACUUUAAUAAAUAUUGAUGUCUGGAUUUUAAACGUUUUAAGCUCAGGACAAGAUAGUAAAAGUUUCUUAUUAAUUAUCCAUUCUCACCCCAUCCAUUGAUACAAUGAAGGUAUUUUUUUAUUACGAAUUAACUGCUUCUCAUUUAUAAAAGUAUUUUCUUUAACUAAGUAACUAAAGAAAAAAGUUU